GAAAAUUUCAAAAAUAGGCUGAGUGUUUGUGGUUCAAGUUAUCUGGGAGUUAGUAUCAAUGACUGUGUUUUUAAUUCUGCAAAGUUGGCCUUGAACUUGCUUAAUAACAACAAGAAAGACGUGGUCGUCACUGGAUUAGAAAGAGUUGACGUAAAGAUAGAAUAG